CUAUGUUAUUUGAUUAGCCUAAAACAUACUUUUAACUUGACUACAUUAACUUGCCUCUUUUUUAUAUUCAGAUUUUUUCAAAUUAAGAAAACCUGGAAGACGAGCUGAAUGUUUAUCCUCGCUGUCGGGUGUCCAAAACAUUGGCUGUGCACCUGAGAAACUCAACUCAUCCCUCCUUUGCUUCUCUCGGCAUGGCAUCGUUUGCAUCAGUGAAACCGCCUUUUGCCUAUGAUCCCACUUGUAAACCAACUAAAAGCAUCCUCAAGCACCGGGGAACAAGUCAAGGAACUGCCACUUCUUGGCUUUCCAGACUGUCUUUAAACGACCUGACGGCUACUUCACCUACCGCCGCUCCCCUCACUCAACGCUCAUCCCUCGGAUUUUUCAAUUUUCGAAGAAACGUUCAAGUGUCACCGCCUACAACGACCCCACCUGAUGCAUCCUUGCCGUCAUCGCCUGAUAAUCCCGCCCUGAAGCACGCAUCGCUCGACGAACUUGCUCCUGAAGAAUUAAAAAGAGUUCGAUUCCCCGUUGACCAUUUAACCACCGAAUUUUAUCCUUACGGACCGUCACCUUUGGCCAAUGAAGACGACACCAGCCGUUCUGAAAAGGAGAACACCCAGCCUCCAUCCUCGAUCAAGUGUCAAACACCGCAAGAACUGCUCACCGUAUACGAAACAGCAUGCAGGAAUAAAGAAGAACCGACAUUGGAUAAGCUCGUUACAAUGCUCAUCACAUGUCAGCAUAUGGAUCAUUUGACCACGAUCGAUCUCAGCAAUCAAGCCAUCUAUCGCCGUUCAGCGGAGCCAUUGGCUGAUCUGUUAAGUCUGGAUUUUAGGUUGAAAAAAUUGAUAUUAAAUAAUUGCGCCCUGGAAGAUGAUGUCAUCAAGAUUCUGCUGCACGGAUUACUGUUGAAGGAUCAGCUGGAAGAACUGAGCUUGGCUAACAAUAAAAAAAUUCGAGGAGCUGGAUUCAAGUACAUCGCCAUCUACACCAAAACCUCCACGGCGCUGCGGAAACUCGAUCUUUCUUUCACGACCCCUGACAAAAAAUCAAUUCAGCAUCUGGCGCAUGGCAUCGAGUCUUCCUCUUUGCACACGCUACGCAUGAAUAGUUGCUCAUUACGGCCUCCACAGCUCGAAGUGCUUGCUAAUGGUAUCCGACAAUCACGGUCUUUGCGGCAUGUAUCAUUAUGCGAUAAUCGUAUUACACACCAGGGGGCUCUGUGGAUCGGGGUCAUGUUACGUGAUUAUGAUGGGCAUGUGUUCAGUCAGGGCUUGACGGAAUUAGCACUGGAUCAUAAUGAUAUCCGACAAGGCAUUCAGUACAUUGCUCAAGCUUUGCGACGGAAUCAAAGUCUUCGGUCGCUGUCUCUUCAAGACUGCAAAUUGGAUUCCAAAGGGUGUGCACUGAUCGGCGAAGCAUUGAAAUAUAAUCAAUCACUGGAAAACCUUAAUAUUAGCUUCAAUGGUUUGAAUGCCCCCUCGAUCGAAGGUAUUCAGGCACUGAAACGUGCUCUUUACGUCAAUCGAUCGUUGAAAGAAUUAAGUCUGGCAGCAUCCGGCCUGGGAUCCGAAGCUGCAGUUGAACUGGCGGAAAGUUUACCAGAAAACAAGGCAUUAGUACGGUUAGAUCUGUCUAAAAAUGAGGCGAUGGAUUUGGCGGGGCUGUUGGCACUUGCAGCUGGCGUACGGAUCAAUUACUCAAUCGUGUUCUUGGACGUGAGCGUUCCCGUAAGUGUCUUGCAGAAAAACGCAUGAGAAGACGGAAGCAGGAAUUAUUCAUGUGUAUGUAAACGUACGAUAGGGGAAUGAUCGUGAUAUGGGAAGAACACAAAGCGAUAUUGUUGCCACUUGUACACGCAAUGCACAACAUGCGUCACAAAAUUCCGUAGCAGAUACGACCAAGCCUACUUUAACUCGUUCCUCUUCUCAAAAUUCGCAUGAUCCCUUGAAUCAAAUCACCACAGCGCAGGCCACCGCUCGUCUCACCUUGCAAGAAAGACUG